GUUAGCAAGACUAGCGAAUGUAAACAUUAAAGCAUUGACACGAGGAAUUCGUAGUGGUAUUACUAUAAAUGUAUAAGUAAAAUAUUGUGCCGCGUAGUAGUAAAUAUAAGCAUUCAAUGAAUUACAUCAGUGACGUUGUAUUUAUGUUUAUCCUGUCAUAUAUUCGUAUUUUAUGGGAUAAAUUGAGUCCGUUUUUAAAGACCUUGACUAGCAAAGCAAAACAUGCUUCUGUUGACUCUGACAGAAAAAUAUUAAAUAUUCUACACAAAAGCACGAAUUUCAUCGUCGUGAAUAAGGAUUACGAUGUUGUAAUAAAUUCUGAUGACCCUUCUGUAGAGGUGAGCUUGCAAACACAACUACACAGUGUUUACCCGGAGCUGGUGAAUCACAGCCUGAAACACGACUUCUACUUCGUGCACCGGCUGGACUACGCGACGAGUGGCGUGAUCUGCGUCGCCCUGAACAAGCGGGCGUGCUCGGACGCCACGGCGUGCUUCAGCGCGCGGCGGGCCAGGAAGUACUACGUGGCGUUGGUGCGCGGCCACGUGGCCUGGGAGAGCGCGCGGAUGGACGAGGCGAUCGGGGCGGACGGCCGCGAGGGAGGGGGGUCGGGCAGCCACCGGAUGUGUGUGGCGUCCAGCCCCCACUGCGAGUCCCCCCGGCCGGCGAGCACGCGCGCCGUGGUGGCGCAGCGCGGACUGUACGACGGGGCGCCGGCCACCAAGCUGCUCCUGAGGCCCAUCACCGGGCGGCGCCACCAGCUGCGCGUGCACUGCGCCAGCGCGGGCCACACCAUCGUGGGCGACUACACCUACAGCGACCGCACGGACGUCGCUCCCUACAGGAUGUUCCUGCACGCUCUCAGGUUGGUGCUGCCUAUUAAGUCUGAACCACUAGACAUCAGGACGGAUGAUUCUUUCACAAGUCAUGACCCAAGAAACUUGUGGAUUCCAAUUGAAACAGUGAACACUAUGGACACCAGUUUUGAAAAACUUGAUAGCGGUGAUGAAUGAAUGUGCCAUUUCACA